AUGGUUGUUCUCGAGGAAGGCGGUAUGCUGACCACUGGACAUAAUCAAUAUUUACAACCGGAUUAUCUUUCUCCGCUUCCAACCACGUUGGAUGCGAAGAAGAGUCCUUUAGCUUUAUUGGCUCAAACAUGCAGUCAAAUAGGUGCCGAUUCUCCGACAAAGCCUUUGAUUUCCCCGCUGGAUAAAACGUCCAAAGGCAUGAAUACCGGUACGAAUGCGAAAUCUCCACCGGCCGCCAAGUUGGAACGGAGUACACGCAGCAGCCCGUCGGACGGGAAGUCGUUGGCGUUUAAACCUUACGAGACUAACGUCGUCUCGAAGAAGUCGUCCUCCGACGAGAGUAGACCUGCUUCCAAAGCGAGUGUUCACAGUGUCAGUGGUCAAGAGAGUUGUGGUGUGAGUGCGAGUGAUAACGGGAAUCACGCGGAGAAAAAGUCAUCGGGAAAUCGUACGCCCGUCGGUCGGAAGUCGGCCUCGCCCGCGAGUCAAGCGACGGCCACGGCGAGCACCACACCGUCCAUCGUCGAUCGCAAGACGCCGCCCGAUCAUUAG